UUAUUGAAACUGGAUUUACAAUGACAUGCCCUAGAAUGAGCAUAAGCCCACUAAUAUAAUCGCUUUCCAGUUAAGCAAAUAACAGCUGUUAACUAACAAAACAAAUUGCCAGCUAACUAACCAAUUGCCUAACAAAACCUUGCCAGCUCAGCUAACAUACAAAAAGACCAUAUUAACCCUGAGAAUCCUAUCACUGAUUAAUGCACAAAGCUACAGAUCUCAUCUCCGAACUGAAUGUUGAAUAUUAUUGGUUUUCUGUAGCGGAUGGGACUAGGCACCUGCACCUGUAAAUUAUAUCAACACAUGAAUCUACUGAGUCAAAGAGUCGUUGUAAAGAUAACAUAAUCUAAAGAUACGCGUUUAAGUACAGUAAAAGGAUUUGUUGGUUGUUGCAAAGUUAGGCGUCCUUAGAAAUAUCCAACGGAGGUAAAUUUGGACCACAUCCUUGCACAGCAGGGUGAAGGAAGGUGAGGCCCAUUGAGUUUACAAACACUGAAAAAGACAAACCAGUCUUAAUAUUAAUUUAUUGAGCAAAAGUCCCAAAUGUACACGUCAGAAACCAAAGGAAGCUGAAAACUGAAGUUCCUCUCCUCCUCUUAAACUUCAUCACAUUCACAACUGCAACCAACAACUUAGUCUUUGGUCUGAGUAUGGCUCCUAUGGCCAACCAACAAGGACAUUCUUCUUCUUCUUCUUCUUCUGUAACUCAAGAUCCAUGGACAUAUGAUGUGUUUGUGAGUUUUAGAGGUAAGGAUACACGCACCAAUUUUACAGAUCAUUUGUACAAGGCCUUGUCCGAUAAGGGGAUCUACACCUUCAUUGAUCGUGAGCUUAUAGGAGGAGAAAAAAUCUCACCGGCCCUUCUUGAAGCAAUUGAAGAGUCACGAAUUUAUCUCAUUGUAUUCUCUGAAAACUAUGCAUCCUCAAGCUGGUGCUUGGACGAACUCGUUGAGAUCCUUCGAUGCAAAAGCUCAAUGAAUCAAAUAGUUUGGCCCAUUUUUUACAAAGUGGAUCCUUCGCAUGUACGGAACCAAACAAAUAGUUUUGGUGAUGCAUUUGCUGACAUGAACUGCAGAUUUAAGGAUAAUACGGAGAAGGUGCUAAGGUGGAGGAGUGCUCUUAGAGAAGCAGCAAGUUUGAAAGGAUAUACUUGCAAGGCGGGAGAGUCUGAAGCUACAUUUAUCAACCACAUCGUUGAAGAGAUUGUAGUC